AUGACUCCAGCCUCGACGGGUUUUGGAGGUAAAUGGACAGCAACAACAAAUUCAUCACCUCCGCGUCCAGCCUCAAUGGCUUCCGCACUGAUGGCUGCUCAAAUUGCUGGAUUGGGGCAUCAAUUGAGUCCCGUUUCUGUCUACAGUCCAGGCUGCAUCAUCCGUUGCUUCGCAUGGACAUGCGAAAGAUCACCUUUUAGGGCCAAGCAACAAAUGUACCGCUUAAAACCGGAACAAAUGCAACAUAACCGCGCGGCACCCAAUCGUGAAUGUGUGGUCAAUUGGUGCCAUGUCGACUAUUUUUGCGUAUCACGUAGUUUAUAA